CUUGACAGUCUGCAGUUUCCGGCUGUUUGUUGUGAGCUCGCAGGGUUUUUAACGCUAAAUGAGUGUCUUUGAUCUUUUCCGCGGGUUCUUCGGGGUGCCAGGGGGCGGAUACCGCGGGGCUGGGCGGAGGGAGCCCUUCUUUGAUGGGUUGACUCAUGAUGAUGACGACGAUGACGAUGACGUGGAGGAUGGAUUUCAUCAAAAUUACUUGGACGGGUUUGACGAUGUGUUCAGAUUUGGUUUUCAUCUUGGGCCAAAUGGAAUGCACGUCCAGGAGCCACAGCUGUUUGGCCGAAUAUUACAGGACAUGGAGGACAUAUUUGCUGGUUUAGGCCGUUUCAGUCAUGAUGUGCCCUGUAUUGAGGCUGUACCUCAGGAGAAACCAGAGGGAAGCAGCAGCAGAGGAGGAAGACACAGGAACUCUCUCAGAGAUUUCAUGCUGAAGAACCCAGAUGAUUCUUCCCAUAAUUCCCCAUCUGUAGCCCCUAGAGACAUGGAUCCUUCAUCACCUGGUGGCCAAAGUGUACCUACGAGCCCUUUCCAUCACUGGACACCAUUCUCCAGGUUUAAGGACAUUUGGAGUGCUGGACCAAGACAAAUGGAGGAAGAAAGGAAGGAGGACGGAGAUCUAGACUCUCAGGUGUCUUCAGGAGGCCUGGACCAAAUCUUAACACCGGCUCCCUCACAGCCAAAAACACGAUCCUUCUUUCAGUCUGUAACAGUUACCAAAGUGGUUAGACCUGAUGGGACAGUAGAAGAGAGACGUACAGUCAGGGAUGGCCAGGGUAAUGAAGAGACUACAGUGAUCCGCUCAGGAGGCCCUGGUGAUCCAGAAGGUCCACAUGAUGAUCCAGUUCCUCCCACACCAGGUGGUCUCAGGCCUUUCACUGACCUGCACGAUGAGUUCUCCAUGUUCACCAAGUUCUUUGGUGGCUUCAGAAGAUGAAAACGGAGAGGACUAGAGUUUUCGAGCUCUGGCUUCUGAGGAUGAGACAGAAAUAAAGGCAGUGACUAUUACAAACUGCUUCAGCCCUAUUUAUUAUUUUGGUUUUUUUUUUUCUUCAGAAUUGAUGAAUCAUUGUUGCAGUAUGUUUUGCAUUUUUGAGUUGGAAUGUAUAUAAGCUUAAUUUCCAGAAAAUAUAAAUAAAACCUAAUAAUGUACUAUAUGAA